AUGGUCUAUGAUUGGGAUGCCCAAGAGAAGCUAUGUUUUCAGCUGUAUAUCAACGAGAAAAGGUCCUUAGAGGACAUCAUGGAGUACCUCAAAAUCCACCAUGACUUUGCGCCCUGCAAGCGAGCCUUCCAGACCCAGUUCCGCAAGUGGGAUUUCCCUUCAAAACAGAACCCGGCAUACAAGAACGGCCGACUGGUCGCGCGCAUCAAGGAACUAUGGGAGCGCAACCUGUCCCAGCGGGAGAUGCUAGCCGUCUUAAAAGAGGACGGGUUUGACAUUAAGAAGCGUGAGCUGAUCCGCGUGAGGACGAAGAACCGGUGGCUCCUGAAGGCUGCGAAUGGCGAGCGGUCCAAGGAGGAGUCGGAGUCGGAUUCGGGUCCCGGCCCGCAGCAACCCGCCGUGAUCGCCACCGACAAUGGUUUCGAGACUCAGGAUGACGGCCGGCGAAUGUCGAAUGGUGGGGGGGUCAUGACCCCUGAUACUCUGACGGAUCACGAGAUGCUCGGGUCACUGCAGAACGAGGGGUUCGGCGAGGCUUGGGACAAGGAGAGUAACAGGAGGAAGAGGCGGCGGCUGAGAGCCUGGGAGGCUGCAGCCCAUGAUGCUCCCUCCAUCGCCCCGCGCUUCCCUUCGGAAACCACGCUCGACGAGGCCAAGGCCAUUCUCGGGCUGGCGACCGACGUGUACCGUCAUGUGCGGACCACAUUUGCCCGGCUCUGCGAGGAGUCUGGCAUCGUCAAGAAGACGAUUGCGGGACCCGAUAGAUGGGAAACUGUCAAGGACCGGCUCGUCCGGGAGACGCCGCAGCUUCGGGCCGUCAUGUGGGAAUCCAGGGACAAUAACGAGUCCAAGAAGUUGGCGCUCGACGUCAUAUGUACGGACAUCACGAAGCGGGCGCGGACGCUGGAGAAGCGGAUCACGCUCGCCCAGGCGAAGAACGUGCUCGGGAUCAACCCCGAGGAGGCCAGGAUUCUCCGCGCGGCGUUUGAGAAUAUUCUCAGAGAGGAGGGGCUCAGUUGCAAGUCCGAGGCCGGGCCGGCGCAGUGGGGCAAGCUCAAGGCGAGAUGGGAGGCUGGGUCGGAGCUGGUGCGGCGGAUUAUUGCGCUUGAGGGAGAUGGUGAUCCCGCCGCUCAUACUGAAAAGGAGCGGGCUUUGGAUGUCAUCGCGAGGGAUGUAAUGAAGAGGCUGAGGGACGAUAUCUCGAGGAAGCAUCAGCCGCGGAAACGGGGCGGCGUUACUCAACAGGCGCAGCUGAGUUGCGAUCCUGGGCAUCAAGAGGGCGUGCAGGGAAACCAUGCGCAAUCUACACAGCCAGAAAUGGUUGAUGAUUUUGGAGACCAAGAUGACUUGGGCGGCGGUCAAUACGUUGAUGCUAGCCAGGUGCCGCCUCCCAUGGGGUUGGUUGCCAGCUCGGGUGGAAGCCAACAACCCCAGAUGCUCAUGCCCACCGUGUCUAUGCAAGUCCAGGCCGCCGCCGCUGCCGAUCCGAUGGGUCAUUCUGCGGCACGGAUACUCUCCUCGGCGCUCCUCGGUCAGGCGAACAUGGCGGCGCUGGACUCUCAUCAUAUGGGCUCGUCUCUCCUAUUAGAAGCCGACGCGCAGGCGGCGUUCGUGGACCAGCAUUACGCGCAGCAAUUCGCCACUGCCGCCGCGGCGCAGCAACCCGUCUUCAACACUCACGCGCCACCGUCGCCGCUACCCCGGCCGCAGCAGCCGUCGCUGUCCUCCACAAGCGUGGCCGUCUACCUGCGUCUGCACCCGUCCUCCACGUUCGUGACAACUUCCCCUAUUUGGAUCGCGACGCUGAGCUCGCAUUCCGUGCAGGAGCUGCGACACGCGGCGGCGAGCAAGUUCCCGGGGGCGAUUUGUCUCCGGCUCGAGGGGGUGCUUAAGGACGGGAAGGGGGCCGAGAUGCCGUUGCAGAUUGAACAGGACCCGGAGCUUGCUGCGUAUCUGGCGCAUUUGCGGGGCGCUGCUACGCCGACGUUUAAUGUGCAGCUUAUUCCGGGGUGGAAGACGAGUUGA